AUGGAGCGCUUUCAACUGCAAACCAGAGUGGGCGGGCACGAGUCGGUUAUAGGGGUGAAGCCCUUAGUUCAGGGCCUCAUUGGCUGGCGGGACUCUACGUUCCCGGCGGAUCAGCCGUCGCUGCUCCGCGGCUCUGAGCGGGUCAGCGCAGUCUCACCGGAGGAAUGUGGGCGUGAAGGAAAGGGGAUGCUGAUCGACAGCAUGCAAGAGGUCGACUCGCAGGGCAUAGCCGCUUACCUCAAGUCCAGCAAGAAGAGCGAUCUCCUGGGUGGGAUCGACUAUGUGUGCAUAGCGGAUGGUGUGUGGCUGCGGCCGAAGACGCCAUGCCUCACCUACGCACUCAGGGGUAUAUGCCAUUUUCAAGUCGAGGUGACCUGCGCCGACGCAGACCUUCAUUCGGGAAUCUACGGCGGAACUGUCAUCGAAGCGAUGCCCGACCUGAUGUACCUGCUCAACAGCCUGACUGACGCCGAGGGGCGAAUCAAGGUGCCGGGCAUCUACGACGAAGUGCUGCCCUUGUCGCACGAGGAGCGCAAGGUGUACGAGGGCAUCGAGUUCGACGUUGAACAGUACCGAAAAGAGCUCGGCGUCCCCAGGCUCGCCACAAACGACAAGGUGGAAUUGCUGAUGCGUCGGUGGCGCUAUCCUACGCUCUCCAUCCACGGCGUCAUUCCUGCCCGGGUGGUGGGCAAGUUCUCCAUCCGCACCGUGCCGAACCAGAAGGUGCAGAAAGUGCGCGAGUGCGUCGAGAACACCUGCAGGAACAGUUCACCAGGCGUGGAAGCCCCAACCAAGGUCAUCAUGUCGCACUGUGCCGAUCCCUGGUUCACUGAUCCCAGCGGGCCGAACUUUCAAGCCGCCGAGGCCGCCGCGAAAGAUGCGUACGCGUGGGUGCCCGACAAGACACGCGGUGGCUUCACGGUGGGCCCGGCGAAGCUUAUACAAGACCACGUCUGUCGGGACAUGCUCGUGAUGUCCAUCAACCCGCCCGGGCUGCGGGUUCCACUCGCAGAACGAGAACAUCAGCGUCGCCGAUCUUGUCUCUGGGUUUCAGAAGCCAAGCAGCAGAAGGAAUCUGCAACAGGAUUGCUCGUUUAG